GAGAGCGUAUCAGUGCGCUAGACAGUGUGUAAGUUCCUUGAAUGGAGCAGUCGGUGUCGAUGCACUGGGUGUAACACGGAGCUGCUGCAGUCGGCAGUACGUUAGCAGCAGCUAUGGAAGCAACAAGGUUGUGUUUGGUACUCGUCGGCGCUUGUCUGGUGGUGGCUCAGGGGGUUACCGAGCAGGACUUGGUGAGUGUCAAUAACGGAAUCGCUGUACCUUUCGGACGUUCCGUCUACGUCCAUCCCGAUCGAGAUUUGAGGAUACGAGUGUCUAAUGACGACAGAUGCACGGUGAAAGUCAUCCAAAACGACCCUCUGUCUCAGAUAUCGGGUAGAUUGACACCGGGCCACUUUCCGUGUCAGUUUGGCCCACACGACGUUCAAUACGUCCAUUUCGGAGCUCGAAGUCCUCCCCAAGAUAAGGUAAAGUUAUUGAUAAGAUACGAUUCCGAAGACGAUACUUACAUCAUCCCCGUCACGGUUCACGUGCAAGUAUUGUUCGAACAGUUAGAAAUUGUUACAAAAAACAUGCCUUUGGUGGUCGAGAGAUUGGGAGACGUCAGCACCCCCAUAGACAAUCGAGUGUUGCAGUUCACCUACGAUAAGAAUCGGCAAAAUUGUAAGGUGACCAUACUUAGUAGCGCGAGCGGUCUCCCUCGAUAUGGUGAAGUGAUUAACGAUGCUAACGCGGGGAUGAUGGAGGAUUGCGACGUAUUCUUAAACUCCGAUAUACGUUACAGACAUACGUUUCUAACAGACUCCCCGAACAAGGAUUUUUUACCUCUGGUAGCCGAACUGACAGAUUCUCACGGUAACGUCUUAAAGCAGGAAUAUUUUCAGAUCAUGGUGCGUAUUAAAGAGGGCAACGAGAACACUCCGCCCCAACUGAGAUUCACCUCUCUUCUACUGUUAGACGUUAACCAAUUCGUCAUGACGGCAAUCACCCCCAGCAUCUUAUCGGCGGAAGAUGCGGAGACGUCUCCAGAAAAACUCAUCUUCAACAUCACUUCUCCUCUGGGAUACGGCGAAGGUAUCAUCGUCAGCACGGACGAUCAAGAUUUGCCCAUCACUUCCUUCUAUCAAAAAGACGUGGAAGACUUGAAAAUUGCCUACAAACCUCCCGCUUCCGAUUCCGACGUCAAGAGGCUCUUCAGGGUCGACUUGGAGGUUGUAGAUUCCGAGGGUUUGACUUCGGAGGCUUUCGCUUUAAUGUUUGUGGUCAAACCUAUGAAUAGUUUGGCACCUCUGGCAACUAGAAACACCAGACUGAUGCUAUUCGAAGGUCAGUCGAGAAAAUUACAGAGUUCUAAAAACCUGGAGAUAGCGGACGAAGAUAACAUCGAUGAUGUCACUCUGGAGGUUGUCGAUGGGCUGAGGCACGGUAAAUUGUUGCUGUUGGGCAGUCCAGUCAAGCACUUUUCACCCGCUGACCUAGACGCCGGGUUGGUAGUUUAUCAACACGAUGGAAGCGAUACAUCAAGCGAUAAUAUUAUAUUUCGAUUAGACGACGGUAAACACAAAGUAGAAUUCCUGUUUCCGGUCACAAUAUAUCCGGAGGAUGACGAAGCACCCAUUGUAAACAUUAAUAAAGGACUUACCAUCACGAAGGACGAGGAGGUGGUAAUUAAUCACUACGUCUUGAGCGCUACCGACAUAGACAGCGACGAUUAUAGAAUUACGUUCGAACUACAGGAGCCUCCCGAAGAGGGGGUGGUCCUGAAGAAACAGACCGAAGUACCCGACGAUCCUAAUUUAUGGUCCUACAUCGACGGGGUCUACGAGAUACCCGUAACUUCUUGGACUCAGGAAGACUUGUUGGAAGGUAGAAUAUUUUAUCGGCACACGGGUCAGCAUUAUUCGGAACCGAUCGUCGAACUGCUCAAAUUUAAGGUGUACGACGAUAACAUACCCCCCAACGGAUCGGACGAACAGGAAUUUCUUAUUAAGAUCUUUCCCAAGGAUAACAUUCCACCCGAGUUGCAACCCAAUUCCGAUCUGCAUCUGGUGGUUCACGAGUUUGAACUGACGGAUAUUACCAAAAAACAGAUGAGGUACCACGAUCUAGAUACCAGGGAUCGAGAUCUGGUCAUCAGAAUCGUUAGAAAACCAUUCGAUUUGGAUCCCGCUAACCCCCUGGAUCCUGGAAAGAUUGUUUUCUCGGAAUAUCCCGAUCACGAAGUAGGCGAAUUCAGUCAAGCUCAAAUCAACCAUCACAAGAUUGCUUACAAACCGCCCUCCAUCGAACUGGGAAUCGUUCCUCGAGACAUCCAGUUCGAAUUUGAGGUUGUAGACAGCGCGGGUAACGUUCUACCCGCCCAAAAGUUUACUAUAAGGUUAGUGCCCGUGGAUAAUAAACCACCCGUUAUAACUAACAGCGGACUGAACGUUUACGAGAACGGUUUCGCCAUCAUCACCCCCGACAUUCUCGAUGCGACGGAUCAAGAUACCGACUCCGAUUCGAUCCUGUUCACUGUCAAGAAGGUGCCAAGUCACGGGAGCAUCCAACUCGGAACUUUUGAGCUCGGAGUGGGUGACUUUUUCACCAGGAGGGACAUCUCCAACGGUCUGGUCAGUUACGUCAAUAGCGGAGCGGAAAUGGAUAAUGACAAAUUUGCAAUAGAAGCCACGGACGGAAUCCAUAAAGUGCCAGUCAUCAUCCACAUUCACAUCAGACCCAUCGACGACGAAGCACCCCAAUUACAAAUUGCUCCGGGUACUCUGGGUGUGAGAUUGAGCGUGAAGGAGAGUGGAAGAACAGCAAUCACCAACGACGUUCUGAAAGCUUCCGAUCCCGACACGGACGAUACCAUGAUCACUUUCUUGAUAGACGAAUUACCUAGAUUCGGUUACAUAGAAGUAAAUGGGAUUAUCUCGGACAGGUUCAAGCAACACGAUAUACAGAAUAAGAGGGUGUAUUACGUACACAAUAGGCAGGAAAUUGGAUUGGAGCCAGUGAUCGACAGUUUUAAUUUGACUAUCUCCGAUAUGUCUAACGAUUGGAUCGUGGGUGGAAACAGGAUCGAUCACAUUCACGUAGUGGUCGACGUGGAACCGGUGGACAACGUGCCACCUAACGUGGUGGUGGGACCACUCUUUACGGUUUUAGAAGGUAACAAGAGCACCAUCACUCUCUUGUACUUGAAUGCCACGGACGUGGACACGGAAGUCGACGACAUCAUCUGUACGAUUAUAGACCAACCCAGCAAAGGUUACGUCGAAAAUACGUCACCUGGACCGGGAUCCGAAAUACCUAGAGAUGGCAUCCCUAUAACUGCAUUCACCAUAGCAGAUUUGAGACGAAACAGCAUCAACUACGUUCAGAGCAUCCACAAGAAGACGGAACCCACACAAGACGAAUUUACUUUUAGUUGUUCCGAUGGAGUCAAUUUCGCUCCCACCCUACUCUUCCUCAUUCACAUAGAACCCACUAACGAUGAAGAGCCCGAGAUGUUCAUGAGAGAAUUCAUUGUUUACGAGGGAAGGGAUCUCGUCAUAGAUUUACCAAUUCUAAACGCCAUAGACGCCGAUAUUCCCAAAGAUAAAUUGGUUUUUACCAUCAAAACUAAGCCGAAACACGGGAGGAUAGUUUCUCACACUACAAGAGACACGAAAGAAAUCACUAGUUUCACCUUAGAUCAGAUUCGACAAAGUUCUUCCAUCCUCUAUCAGCACGACAACUCGGAAAGCAUAGAAGACGAAUUCGAACUCGAGUUAACGGAUGGUUUACACAACACCAGCAAAAAGUUCCUGGUCAUGAUCAUCCCCGUGGACGACGAAACACCAAGACUCACCAUCAACAAUGGUCUGGAGAUAGGACUAGGAGAAUCCAAACUGAUAACGAAUCAGAUGCUGAAAGCGGAAGACCUGGAUUCCGAUGAUGGAAACAUCACUUAUAUCGUGAGACAAGCUCCGAGAUACGGGAAUUUAGUGUUUCUAGAUCCAGAAACGGACAUUCCUCUGUUUAAUUUGACCAAUGGAAUGAAUUUCACUCAAGCGGACAUCGACGAUAAUCUCAUCAUGUAUAUUCAGUUAGGGAGAGAAGGGGUUAGAGAUCUGAUAAAAUUCGACAUCACCGAUGGAACCAAUUCGUUUAUUGAUCGCUAUUUUUGGGUGACGAUCGAAGGGAUCGACGUCUUAUACCCCGACGUCAUUAACAGGGGAGUGGAACUUCCCGAAGGUGGUAAAAUCACUCUGAACACCAACUUAUUGAGCACCAGCGAUCUUAACAGCGACGACGAAUUUUUGGAGUUUUCUAUCACAAGAGCACCUUCCAGAGGUCACUUGGAAAAUUCGGAUCAUCCCGGUUUGCCCAUCACGUCCUUCACUCAAUUAGAUUUGGCUGGAAACAAGAUUUCUUACGUUCACACCAGCGAAGACGAGAUAAAAAUGGACAGCUUCGAAUUCGAAGUGUCUGAUGGCUUUAACUCCGUCUAUAGGACUUUCAGAAUUUCCAUAAGCGACUUGGAUAACAAGAAACCCAUUGUCUACGCUAAUAAACUUAGAGUGAAGGAAGGAGGAGAUCGUUUGAUAUCCCCCUUCGAACUUAAAGUGGAGGAUCGAGAUUCCGACGAUAAUCUCCUUCGAGUGUUGGUGAUUCGACCCCCCGCCCACGGCAAAAUCCUGUACGAUCAUCAGAACCCCACCAACACUUUCACCAUGUCGGAUCUGAACGAAAACCUCGUCACGUAUCAUCACGACGGUUCCGAAACCGUAGAAGAUAGCUUCACUUUCAUCGUGACGGAUGGCACUCACACGGACUUCUUCUUGCACCCCUAUUUGGAUAAAGAAACCAAGAAACCAGUAACAAUGGAAAUUGAGAUCAUCCCCGUGGACAACGUGGUUCCAAAACUGUCCAUUAAUCGAGGUGCCACGUCGAUAGGACCUUUAGACAACGAUCUGUUGGGAUUUCAGUUUACUAAUAAAGUGCUGCGUGCAGAGGACCGAGACAGCCAAGACAUUAAUCUUCUGUACAUCAUUACCACACCUCCGGAGCAUGGAGUCAUUAUCAACGAGGCUCUGGGUAAUGAUAGCGUAUCCAUGUUCACUCAAGGUAAAAAUGAAUUAGAUAAUCAACAAUUCCUCAUAAAUUGGUCAUGGAUUUCUCUUGAACAUGAUUUCUACUCCAUUAAUGAAACAGAAAAGUUUUUAAAGAUAAAUCUCAAAAGAAGAGGAUAUUUAGGAGAAACAUCUUUUGUAGGUGUACAAGUAAAAAAUAUGACAGCUAAGCAAGGAUUAGAUUUUGGAAGUUAUUUUGCCAAGCAAGUGCAGUUUAAUCCGGGUCAGGUAGAAGCCAGAUGGAAAAUUAGAAUUCUCGACGACAGCUUGUAUGAAAAAAGAGAACAAUUUUUGAUUGUUUUAGAAGAUCCUGUCAUGGCUGCCCUAGAAUAUCCAGAAAAAACUGUUGUCACAAUUAUAGAUGAAGAAGAUGUCUCUACGGUAUUUAUACCCAAAGAAAAGUAUAUCGUGAAAGAAGAUUCGGGUGAAUUACUGAUACCAAUAGAAAGAAGAGGCGACAUUUCUCAGGAGAUGAUGGUUGUAUGUUCAACUGAAUCAGAUAGUGCAACUGGAACUUCGCAUCCCACUGUAUUGUCUUAUUCGGACUAUAUAAGUAGACCACAGGAUCACAACAGCAUCAUUCGUUUUAACAGAGGUGAAAAAAUAGAAUACUGUAGAAUAAUCAUAAUUGAUGAUUCUCUAUAUGAAGAAGAUGAAACUUUUUAUGUUAAACUUUCAACUGCAAUUGGAGGAGAAUUAGGAAAAUAUGACAAAGCAAAAAUUGUUAUAGAAUCAGAUGAUAAAGAUGUUCCGUCAUUCUAUUUUGGAGAACCGGAAUAUUAUGUAGAUGAAAGUAAUGGGUAUGUAGAGGUAAUGAUAUGGAGAACUGGCACAGAUCUCUCUAAACAAGCCUCGGUGACCGUCCAGUCGAGACCUUCUGAUCCCGUAUCUGCUGAAGCUGGACAAGAUUAUAUUGGCAUUGGCAAAAAUUUGGAUUUUGCACCUGGCAUAACAAUGCAAACAUUUAGGGUAAUUAUUUUAGAUGAUCUUGGACAGCCGAUAUUAGAAGGAUCCGAAACAUUUGAACUUGUGUUGAGAAUGCCAAUGAAUGCUAUUUUAGGAGAUCCUCAUACUGCAACGGUCGUUAUAAAUGAUUCAUUAAGUGACUUACCUAGAAUGCAGUUCAAAUUUCCCACGUACGUGGGUUUCGAAAAUGACAAGAAAGUUGUAACUGUUAUUACUCGUCGCGGAGAUGUGAGUCACAUGUCUGCCGUUCGUUGCUAUACGCGUCAAGACAGUGCCGAAGUCAGUUUAGAUUUUGUGGAACGACCCGAUACAAAUGAUUCUUUUGUAAUCUUUGUGCCAGGGGAGACAGAAAAACAGUGUGUUGUGGAGCUAGUUGAUGAUCGAAUUCACGAAUUGGACGAAGAAUUUCGGUUGGUUUUAGGUACUCCCAUCAGCGAAACCGCUGGAGGAGGUCUUCUUGGAAGUCCAAAUGUGACUAAAAUUACAAUUAAAGAUGAUGGAGAUAAACCUGUGAUAAAAUUUAAUAAAACACGAAUUAGUAUUAAAGAACCACAGAAGUCUGAUGACGUAGCAAUUGUUCACAUACCUGUUGUUCGACUUGGAGAUUUAUCCAAAACAUCAAUAGUUCGUGUUCAUACAAAAGAUGGUUCUGCAAAAUCUGGCUUUGAUUAUCUUCCUCUUUCAAAAGAAUUGCAUUUUGGUCCAAAUGUUAGUGAGAUAAUGGUUGAUGUUGAGGUUUUGUUUGAUGGAGAAAAAGAACAUAGAGAGGCUUUUACUGUUCACCUUCGACCAGACAAAAAUAUGAUCGCUGAAAUUAAGUAUCUAGGAGCACAUUCUCCUUUCUGGCCUCCUGUUGUUACAUGUUAUAAAUACAGUGAUAUUAUAUAUGGAAGAAUAAUGGUGGAUCCGGUGCAGAAUCUUGGCGACUCCUUCUUUAUGACGAUCGAGAAAUGUUUUAUAUGCACCGGCGUGGACGGAUACAUUCCAAAAUAUGAACCUACGAGUUUAGAAUAUGGUUGCGUUGCGGAUUCUCCAAAUCUCUUACAUACGUUUAAAAUAAUUGAUAAAGGUGCCCCACAUACUGUUGUCAGAAAGUUCAAAAAUGUUCCCUUUGAUGCUAAAUUGUCGGGUGAUGAUCCUUCUCCAGAUGUUGAAGCUCUUAGAAAACAACCCAGUGCUGACGGUUUUCACUUUGAUUCUGCCCCACUAUUUCAGGUAUCUUAUGGUAGGCAAUGGUUUGUACAUUGUAUCUAUACGGUGAGAUCUAAAGAAAAUGCAGCUCGAGGAAUUGGAAAGAGAAGUGUCGACGAACACAUUUUUGGAAAUUUGGGAGAAGUUUCACUUCGGAAAAAGAGAGAAGUGGAAGACGUGGAGCACGUCGGUUCAGACGGAAAAGGUACAAACAUGCACAGGAUAAAAUUAAAUUACAAUGGCAAAAAUAAAAAAGUCAACAGAGACAACAAGGGAGUGUACGAAGUCGGCCAAAACUCUCAUUCCGAAGACGGCAUGUCUCUGAUUCCCAUCAUCGUGGGCGCAUUAGGUUCCAUUCUAGUCAUAGCUAUUGCCGUCAACGUAUAUUUGAUAAAAAGAAGAAAAGAAUUCGGUGGUUCCGCCUCAUCAUCCGGGGUCGUGUCCGUGGUGGCGAGCAACGGACAGAGUAGAGUGGUGUCAUCUCAAUACCAGAACAUCCGUGCCGGCGACAACACAGAAGUAUAACAAAGAUUUUUGUUCACUAAUUUCAUCACUGCCAUCAAACUGUGAAAAAGAUGUAAAAACUUUCAUUGAGUAUCCCCAUACAUAUCAGCCGUUAUAAUUUUAUUCUCUGAUUCCAUUCAGAAAUAAAAACUGAUUCGGGGAACUUUAACCUAAUCUUACGCAGUUAACUAUUUACUAUAAAAUAGUAGAAAUGACUGACGUUGGCUGCUUGUGAUUGCUCUCAGAAACGAAGAGGAUCUAUUGACAUACCACUACUAUUCUGUGGAAAUUUACCAUGGCUGCAUCUCUAUCUGUUGCUACUUAUACCUCUUUUUUUGUUUACAUAAUUUAUUUUGAAUUCAGACAAAAUAUAUCAAAAUGUUGUGAUUGGUAAUUGUUUUUAAAUAAUGCCUGUAGGCUAAUUCAUAAAAUGUAUUAUUUUACUUUGGUUGCUUAUGAACUUUUUUUGUACAGUUUCUAGUGACACAGAAAUGUGAUAAGUUGGAUUGGCCUUGGGCAUAGAAUACCACCUCUUCCCUAAAUAAUGUUAAAAGACUAAAUUAAGCAAUUCUUUUUGAUUGUUACCCAAUUCCCAUUAAAAGAAUAUCCACAAUGGUAUACAGUGUUAAAAAAAUUGGACGUGCCUUUCGAGCUCAAUUUCUCCGAUUUCGAUAAAUCCGACAUUAAUUUUUUUACCCUAUUUUGUUAAUCGGGAUUACGAUUUGAAUUUUUCAGCAUAAAUUGUAAAUAUAUUCGACAAUUUAUAUAAAUUUCUACAGUUCAAAAGUAUUGUUAUCCAUUAUUUUAAAUGAAAAA